AUGGCUGCCGCCGGAGGGCCGCCGGAAAGGCCAUCCUCGAGGGCCGUCUCGUGCGACCUGCAGGCAUGCACCACUGAGCCCGCUAUAGGAACAGGAACGGCAGAGAAAGAAUCUGCUGCCGAGUACAACCAGAAAGAGGUUGAUGACAAUGCCGGCGAUGGCUCCCAUGGCAUCGGUGGUGACGGCGUCGGGGGAGACAACGUUGGCAGCGGGCUCCAUGGCAUCGGCAAUGAUGGCAUCAUCGUGAGCGGCAGCGGCGAUGAUGAUGACGGCCACGACCGCAGGAGGAGCGAGUAUGAUGAUGACGACAAUGGGGGGUUCUACAGACCGCAGGACAUGGCCGACUACAUCAGCGAGGACGACGGCUACGACGAGAGGGACUAUCCACCACCGAGUCACAUGAUCUGCUACAACGGAGACAGCAAAAACCUGAACUUAGCCUACUCCUUUUCUAAGUACCGGGUGGAGCUCUUCAUCGUGCGUCCUCGCUUCCGCUUCACGGGUUCCUUCGCCGCCACCGACGGCUUUGGUGGCCACUUCUGGUCAUCGCAGAGAGGACACACCAUCGAUCCACAGAAUAAUCUGAUACUCGAGUCGAGCAGCGCCCUGACGGACACCUUCUGGAUCAAAAUCAAGAUCCCGGGGGACAACGGCGAAGCCGAUGAUCACUACAAUGGAAACUUCUCGUUCACGGUGAACCCGUACGCGUGCAACAAAGUCAUCACCCGCACCAUCUCCACAAGACACGGCCGCAAGAUAGACAUGACCUUCAUGGCGCUGCACAAGGCUAUACAGGCCAACGUGUACGUCAACCUCGAUCUCGCACCUCCUGGUGCCACUGGGACCGGCACCGUCUACCAUGUCUAUGGCGAGAUCACCGCGCACCACGAACUCUACGACGGCGAGAGUGUCGUGCUCUUUUCUUGUGGAGAAGAGAACAAGGCGGAGGUCAUCGAUGGCGAGCUCCCGCUAUCGCGGAAGUGUGUGGCUGUUCCAAUAUACAUGGAGCCACUCUUGAUACUCUACCUGGACCUGCAAGUUGCAACUCACUGUGAUCGUGAUAACGAGGGUCACACCAUCGCCUUUCGAGAUUAUAUUACCUUUUACCCUGAUCAAUAUGUAAAAAGAAUCUGCAGUGCCGAACAUGGUAAAGUUAAAGUGCGGACUUCAUACCAGUAG